CUCAACAGCUUGUUAUUUGGUGGAUUGUGGCAGUAAAUCGGGGCGAGUGGGGAACCCGGCGCAGGAACUGCCGCUGCGGCCGGGAGCGGUGCUUCCCGGACGGGGGCCCACGGCGGUCGGUAGGGCGGCGGACUGGAGAGCUGACAGCGCGCUGCACUCGCAGUAGGGACCGGGAAGAGAACUCGUGGAAGCUGGAACCCCACAGGUCACCAGUCAAGAUGAAGGCGGCAGAUGAGCCUGCCUACCUGACAGUGGGAACUGACGUCAGUGCCAAGUACCGAGGAGCCUUCUGUGAGGCAAAGAUCAAGACCGUGAAAAGGCUGGUGAAAGUCAAGGUAUUGUUGAAACAUGAUAACACAACACAGUUGGUGCAAGAUGACCAAGUAAAGGGUCCCUUAAGAGUCGGAGCUAUUGUUGAAACAAGGACAUCUGAUGGAUCCUUCCAGGAAGCUAUUAUCAGCAAGUUGACAGAUGCUAGUUGGUAUACCGUGGUGUUUGAUGACGGGGAUGAGAGAACGCUCCGGCGCACCUCACUUUGCCUGAAAGGGGAGAGGCACUUUGCUGAGAGUGAGACGCUUGACCAGCUUCCUUUAACGAACCCAGAGCACUUUGGAACACCAGUCAUUGCAAAGAAGGCAAACAGAGGGAGGAGGUCAUCACUUCCUAUCACUGAAGACGAAAAGGAAGAAGAAAGCAGUGAGGAGGAGGAUGAGGAUGAGCGGCGUCUCAGUGAUGGUUUACUGGGAAAGGUGGUGCGCGUGGCCACUGCAGCGGAGAGGCCUGAGUGGUACCCUGCUUUGGUCAUCUCUCCCAGCUGCAAUGAUGAUGUUACAGUGAAAAAGGACCAGUGUUUAGUUCGAUCAUUUAUUGAUUCUAAAUUUUACUCCAUAGCAAGAAAGGACAUUAAGGAACUAGACAUUCUCAGUCUGCCAGAAUCUGAGCUCUGUGCUAAACCAGGGCUGCGGAGAGCAAGUAUCUUCUUAAAAGCUAGAAUUGUUCCUGAUAAUUGGAAAAUGGACAUAAGUGAGAUUCUUGAGUCAUCCAGCAGUGAUGAUGAGGAAGACUGCCCAGCUGAGGAGAAUGAAGAGGAGAAGGAAAAAGAAGCCAAAAAGGAGGAAGAAGAACCGCCUGAGGAAGAACUUGAUCCUGAAGAGAGGGACAACUUCCUGCAGCAGCUUUAUAAGUUUAUGGAAGACAGAGGUACUCCAAUCAACAAACCUCCUGUUCUGGGCUAUAAAGAUCUCAAUCUCUUCAAGCUCUUUAGACUGGUCUACCAUCAGGGGGGAUGUGACAAUAUUGAUAGUGGUGCUGUAUGGAAGCAAAUUUAUAUGGACCUUGGCAUUCCAAUUUUGAACUCAGCUGCUUCCUACAAUGUAAAAACUGCGUAUAGAAAAUAUCUCUAUGGUUUUGAGGAGUACUGCCGUUCUGCAAAUAUUCAGUUCAGAACUAUUCACCACCAUGAACCCAAAGUAAAAGUGGAGAAAAAAGACUUUGAAGAACCCAUGGAAGAGGCUCUAAACACGAACCAGGAGAUGCCUUUAAUGGAGGUGAAGAGCGAGCCCGAGGAGAACACCGAAUCCAGCAGCGAGAGCGACAGAGAAGACACAGAGCAGAAGUCUCCAAGAGGGCGAAGAAAAAUUGUUCGAGAUGCAAAUUCUAUUAAAAAAGAAAUAGAAGAAGAGAAAAUAGAAGAUAAAUUCAUCAAAGAUGAUGCAGAAAAUAAGGAUGUCGAUGAAGACUAUGAAACAGCAGAGAAAAAAGAAAAUGAACUGCUACUUGGGAGAAAAACUACACCAAAACACAAAGAGAAGAAACUUAAAAGGCCAGAGGCUUCUGAGAAAGACUCAGAUGAAGAGGAAGAGACAAGCCAAGAGAGGGAAGACACUGAGAGCAAAUGCGACUCAGAAGGGGAGGACGAUGAUGAUGACACAGAACCCUGCCUGACAGGAACCAAAGUGAAAGUAAAGUAUGGACGAGGAAAAACACAGAAAAUUUAUGAAGCCAGCAUUAAAAGCACUGAGAUCGAUGACGGGGAGGUUUUAUACUUGGUGCAUUACUAUGGAUGGAAUGUCAGGUACGAUGAAUGGGUAAAGGCCGACAGGAUAAUCUGGCCCGUGGACAAAGGUGGACCAAAGAAAAAACAAAAGAAGAAAGUUAAGAAUAAAGAAGAUGGUGAAAAGGACGAAAAGAGGGAUGAAGAGAGGCAGAAGUCAAAACGGGGGAGACCUCCUUUAAAAUCCAAGGCGGCCAACAGCGAAGGGAAAUCAGACUCUUGUUCAUCUGAUAGUGAAACAGAAGACCCUUUGGAGAAGAGCUUGAUAGGUGAAGAACUUUCUCCUGAUCUUAAAGAAGAAUUAGAAAAAAGUGAAAAUUUGAAUGAUGAUAAACUAGAUGAAGAAAACCCAAAGAUUAUACAUCUAUUAAAAGAAAAUGACAGGACUCAGAUGCAGCCCUCAGAGACCCUGAAGGUGGAGGUCGAAGACAGUGAUCAAAUAGUACAUAUUUUUGGAAACAAAGUGGAACAAGUAGAAGAAGCUAAGAAACAGGUGGAAAAGUCCCCUAAAGGAAAGGGAAGGCGGAGUAAGACGAAAGACCUUUCUUUGGACAUUGUAAAGCUCUCGUCAUUCAGCCAGGAAGAAGCAGGCCCUGAAACUCAUGCAGAUACUCCUGGCCUGGAGUUUUCGUCGCUAGAAUGUAAAAACUUCUCUUCUCCAGAAGAUGAUGUUGACCAAUAUGAGAAAGAGAAAAAGUUGAAACGGAAAAUACUGGGACAACCAUCACCAGAGAAAAAAGUAAGGCUUGAGAAUGGAAUGGAAGCGGCGGCUGGCCUAUCCCAAGAUAGAGCCAGCGAUGGCGCUGGAGCUGAGGGCCGGAGAGGCUUGCAUUUCGAGCAGCACUUUGAAACAGGAAGUGAAGGAAUGCCAUCACUGAUAGCAGAGCCGGACCAGGGCACUCAGGAGCUGACCAGUGAAAAAUCGGACAGCCCAGCUGAAGAACCUGUGCAUACGCCACUCAAGGAGGAGGACGACGUGAUGCCUCUGAUCGGGCCUGAAACCUUGGUUUGCCAUGAGGUGGACUUGGACGACUUGGAUGAGAAGGAGAAGACCAGCAUUGAGGAUGUGGUAGUGGAAAGCCCCGAGUCUAACUCUCUGAUCUCCGUCCAGCCUGCCCUGCCUCCUGUAGCGCCGCAUAACUUUUCAGUAGCUUCCCCUCUCACUCUCAGUCAAGACGAGUCCCGGAGUGUAAAGAGCGAGAGCGAUAUAACAAUUGAAGUUGAUAGUAUUGCCGAAGAAUCACAAGAAGGCCUCUGUGAGAGGGCAUCAGCAAACGGGUUUGAAGCCAGCGGUGCCCCUGGUACCUGUAGUUUAAUUGUCCAAGAGAGAGAGAGCAGAGAGAAGGGUCAGAAGAGGCCAAGCGAUGGAAAUAGUGGGUUGAUGGCAAAAAAGCAGAAGCGAACACCAAAGCGAACAAGUGCUGCAGCUAAAAGCGAGAAGAACGGAGCAGGACAAAGCAGUGACAGCGAAGAUCUCCCCACCAUAGACAGUUCCAGCAAAUGCACGCCAGUCAAGCAUCUCAGCCUGUCUAAGCCGCAGAAGCUGGCUCGCUCCCCUGCAAGGAUCUCGCCUCACAUCAAAGAUGGAGAGAAAGAGAAGCACAGAGAAAAGCACCCAAAUUCAUCCCCCCGGACAUAUAAGUGGAGCUUCCAGCUCAAUGAAUUAGAUAAUAUGAACAGUACAGAGAGAAUCUCUUUUCUCCAAGAAAAACUACAGGAAAUCAGAAAAUACUACAUGUCUUUGAAGUCUGAAGUUGCAACCAUAGACAGGAGGAGGAAAAGAUUGAAAAAGAAAGACAGAGAAGUGUCCCAUGCAGGAGCUUCUAUGUCAUCUGCUUCAUCAGACACUGGAAUGAGUCCCUCGUCAUCAUCUCCCCCGCAAAACGUCCUUGCUGUCGAGUGCAGGUGAUGAAAGUCUCCCCACCUCCCAGCAGUUUGCUGCCAUGGACUUAAAUUACAAAACUCUGAACUACAACCACAGAAAGCACUCAGCUGGCGAAGGAUCUCCUGUAUAUUUUUCCAGGAUUGUCUAUAUCCUCCUCUCUUCUUUU